AUGAGGAGUACGCCCAGAAGGGACGAUCAGAAGUUCCAGCUGAGCCAGAAGGAGCUCGGCGAGCUGUUGCAGACGGAGCUGAGUAGCCCUGAGUUCCAGGGAAAGAUUGACCCAGAGGAUAUUCAGGAAGCCAUGAGUAAGCUGGACAAGAACCACGACGGCGAGGUGAACUUCGGCGAGUUCGCCCGGAUGGUGGGCGUUCUGGCACGCGGCCUGUUCCGUGCCAAGAGGGGCAAGGGAAAGAAGAAGUGAACACUGAGAUGAGUGAACACAAAGGUGUACAUAUUCUGAGAUUGUAUCUUAUGAUGAACAUCAAACCUCUUUUGAGAGAUGGAAAAUGUAUGUAAUUUGUAAUGUACGAUACAAAACGUUUGUUUUUGUUAAUAAAAUUU